UAGGCCCGCUCAUAGGUCUUUCGGUCUACAUGCCUAAGUGUUGUUUCGUUCCUGCCCGUCCUCCUGUGCUUUGUAUUGGCGCAAAGGAGCCGCUGGCACGUGCUUAGCAAAGCUUUCAGUGUUUCAGAAACAGUCUCUUGCCAUGUCUGCCGACUUCUUGGGUUCGUGGGCAUCUGAAAACAGGCCGAGCCAGGACUGCCCAAGUUGCCCCAGCAAAGACUGCUCUCCGGCGGAUACCUCGAAGAGUAAAGAGAAUCCCAGGCAUUUGAUUCCUCAGCUUUGCAAGCAGUUUUAUGAUCUUGGGUGGGUGACUGGCACUGGAGGAGGCAUCAGCGUAAGGCAAGGAGAUCUUAUAUAUAUCGCUCCAUCUGGAGUUCAGAAGGAGAGAAUUCAGCCGGAGGACUUGUUUGUCUGUGAUAUUGAAGAACGCGAUAUCCACUGCCCACCGUCUUGUAAGAAACUCAAGAAGAGUCAAUGUACACCUCUGUUCAUGAAUGCCUACACUUUAAGAGGAGCAGGUGCAGUUAUCCAUACCCAUUCAAAGUCUGCCGUCCUGGCUACACUGCUUUUUCCAGGCAAGGAAUUCCGCAUCACUCAUCAGGAGAUGAUCAAGGGAAUUCAAAAAGGAAACUCUGGAGUUAACUUUAGAUAUGACGACACUCUAAUUGUACCAAUCGUUGAGAACACGCCAGAGGAAAAGGACUUGAAAGAUCGAAUGGCCAGAGCCAUGGAAGAGUACCCGGACAGUUGUGCUGUUUUGGUUCGACGGCAUGGUGUUUAUGUUUGGGGAGAAUCCUGGGAGAAAGCCAAAACUAUGUGUGAAUGUUACGAUUACCUGUUUGACAUCGCAGUAAAGAUGAAGAAACACGGUUUGGAUCCAACUCUGCCCCCAGCCGAAGAGAAGGGAAUAGUCUGACAUUUCUUAAAUAAGAGAUCAUUUCACCUUGGACAUUGGAAACAUUAAGCUUAAAAUCAGGUGGUUUUAUGAAAACAAAAAUAUUUUCGUGUCUAAACAAAAGUGGAAGUAGCAACAUGUCAGAAUAAAAUUCUCCGCAAA